AGAAAAAAGAAGACUUCAUAUGAAAUAUUUGUAAAUGAACUGCUUGCUAAAGGCAAAUAGAGUGUUAAUAAAGAGCUUAGCUGGAUAGAUUAAAGAAAUUGUCUCUCUCCAUCUGUUCUAAUUAGCUUAUCUCUCCUGCUUUCAUUGCAUGCUGGUUAUUUAAGAAAAGAAUUAAGAACCACUUUGAAGGGAUACUAUUUUUAUUUACAUUAAUUUAUAAUGGUUUUAUAGUGGUUGUCCAUUCUAAAACAUAAACUUGUUAUGCCUUUCCUGUAACAAUUUUUUAUUGGAAAUUUUAAGUCUUUGAAUGUUCAGUUAAGGAUUUUGCUCUCUUAUUUACUUGUUUUAGGUCUAAAUGAUUAUGUUUCCUCUUUUGGGGAAGAUUUCUUUGGGUAUUCUGAUACUCGUCUUGAUAGAAGGAAACCUUCCAUCAUUAACAGUGCAAACCUACUUAUCUUUAGAAGAUAUACAAGAACCAAAGCCUGCAGUUUCUUUUCUACUGCCCAAAGAAUCUACAGACUCUUCUCUACCUGCUAAAAAGCAACAGCUUCUGAGCCACAGAGAAAUUGAGAAACGGUGGUUGUUGAGAAGAAGACGGUCUAUUCUGUUUCCUAAUGGAGUAAAAAUCUGCCGAAAUGAAACUGUUACAGAGGCUGUGGCAAGUCAUAUGAAAUAUUUUAAACUCCGAGUGUGCCAGGAAGCUGUCUGGGAAGCCUUCAAGACUUUUUGGGAUCGACUACCUGGGAGCAAAGAAUAUCAUUACUGGAUGAAUUUGUGUGAAGAUGGAAUCACAAGUAUUUUUGAAAUGGGCACAAAUUUUAGUCAGUCUGUGGAACACAGAAGCUUAAUCAUGAAGAAACUGGUUCACACAAAGGAAAUGGUAAGCAGUUCCUGCCAAGACCAAGCAUGUGGACCUGAAUUGUCAUCCCCCAUUCCUACUGGUGAACCCUCAACAUUGGGAGGUGCUGUUCUCAGUGUUCCAUAUCCAGGAAUGUCUUCUCAUGAAGGUGCCUCAGAGAGUAGCUUGCAAAGUCCAGAGGAGAGUAUUAGCAAUGAAAUUGUGAAUGUUAUUGAAGAGCCCACAAAACCAGCGGCUGAACAGAUUGCAGAAUUCAGUAUCCACCUUUUGGGGAAGCAAUAUAGGCAAGACCUACAGGACCCCUCCAGCUCCUACCACAAGAAUCUUAUAGAAGAAUUUAUUUCAGAGGUUGAAAAUGCAUUUACUGGGUUACCAGGCUACAAGGACAUUCAUGUUCUUGAAUUUAGAUCUCCUAAGGAAAAUGGCAGUGGUAUAGAUGUUCAUUAUGAAGUUACCUUCAAUGGAGAAGCAAUCAGCAAUACCACCUGGGACCUAAUUAGCCUUCAUUCCAACAAAGUAGAAAACCAUGGUCUUGUGGAACUGGAUGAUAAGCCCACAGCUGUUUAUACCAUUGGUAACUUCAGAGAUUAUAUUGCUGAGACCUUGCACCAGAAUCUCUUGGUAGGAAAUUCCUCCUUGAAUCCAGAUCCUGAAUCUCUUCAGCUUAUCAAUGUGAGAGGAGUUUUGCUUCCCCAAAGUGAAGAUCUGGUUUGGAACACCCAAAGUUCCAGUCUUCAGGAUAGUACCCUUCAAGGCGAGUGGCCCUCAGCAGAUGAACCCGCCACCAGCAAUAUUUCACCGCUUGAUUUCAGCUCUGGUCCUUCAUCAACCACAGACAGGGAACUCUGGCCAGAAAGUCCUUUGGCUGAUGUAGUGUCUACACCUAAACUAGCUUUUCCCUCAGAGGUGGUCCUAAGUUCUUCCCCAGAGGAUUUAGGGGUUAGCAGCUUGACUCUUCAUCCUGUCACCCCAGCAGUGUUUCAGACCGGCUUGCCUAUGGCUUCUGAGGGGAGGACUUCCGGAUCUUACUUAUUAGAAAAUGGAUUAUCCAAUGUUGAAGAGCCAGAAGAUUUUUUUUCUGUUGAUCCAUUGCCUUCAAGUUCAUUCAUUCAACCUGUGCCAAAACAAACAGUACCACCCGUAGAAAACUCUGGUGUGUCCCUGACAUCUUCACCAGAUAUGAUCACUUCUGUUAACUUAGAUCUUCUUGCUAAAGAAGUAACUUCACCUUUUAGCUCUGACUCCUUGGCCUCUGAAGUCAAAGACCAGUUAGAAGCAAGCCAUUUGUUUCUAGAUACAUCCAUAGAAAAGGAGUUCAUAUUUGAGAGUGGUUUAGGUUCUGGGUCUGGACAAAAGGUGGAUUUGAUUUCUUGGCCAUGGAGUGAGAUUUCAUUAAAGAAGAGCACUGAACCACUGUCUAGGUCAUGGCUUGAAGAUGAGGAUUCACUUUUGCCAACUGAGGGUAUAGAUGAGAAAGUUGUUGUAGAGAGCAAAAUAGAUUACACAGACCCAACUAUUGAGCAUUCAAAAUAUAAGCAUGAUGAGAAAUCCACAAGCUUUGUAGUGGAAGAGUCCCUUGUUAAACCUACUGUGCCCAUCUUUGCAGUGUCUGUAAUUCAUUCCACAUCUCUAACCUUUCCCAAGCACACUUCAGAGAUACCUAAUGUUGAUUACCAUUCAGUUACCAAAGCACCGUUUCUACUGACGGCUGCUUCUUCUGUUAUAACAGAUGAAACGAAUACCUUUCUGAUCAAGGAUGUAGACCAAACUACAGAAUCAUCUAGCCAUGAAUGGUCUGACAGCAAGAGUUCAUCAGUGAAACCAGAUCUGCAGCCUGUGUGGACCAUAUUCCCAGAAUCAGCUAUAGCUUCAGCAAGGACUUCUUCCCAAGGGAUAUCACCCAGAGACUCAUUGGCAAGUACGCCACAGAGUAGUGAUGGACUCUGGUUGAAAACUUCCAUGGCACAGUCCACCAAAUUGCCUCCAACCACAAGCUCCACCUUUCUGGAGGAUGAAGUAAUUAUGGGCGUGCAGGAUAUUUCAUUAGAACUGGACCGGAUAGGCACAGAUUACUAUCAGCCUGAGCUGAUCCAAGAGCAAAAUGGCAAGGCUGGUAGUUAUGUGGAAAUGUUUACAAGUUUUCAUUCCACAGAGAUGGCUAUUUUGGCUCAACCCACAAAAGGAGAUGACUUGGGUCACGCCCGGAUUGAAGGAGCUUUAGUAGUUUUCUUCAGCCUCCGAGUGACAAACAUGAUGUUUUCAGAAGAUCUAUUUAAUAGGAACUCUUUGGAAUAUAAAGCCUUGGAGCAAAGAUUCUUAGAAUUGUUGGUUCCCUAUCUUCAGUCAAAUCUCACAGGAUUCCAGAAUUUGGAAAUUUUGAACUUCAGAAAUGGCAGUAUUGUGGUGAACAGCAGAAUGAAGUUUGCGAAAUCUAUUCCUCCUGAUGUCAACAAUGCCGUAUACAUGAUUUUAGAAAACUUUUGUACCACUGCUUACCAGACCAUGAACUUGGCUAUUGAUAAAUACUCUCUUGAUGUAGAAUCAGGUGAUGAAGCCAACCCUUGCAAGUUUCAGGCUUGCAAUGAAUUUUCUGAGUGUCUGGUGAACCCUUGGAGUGGAGAAGCACAGUGCAGAUGCUACCCUGGGUACCAGAGUGUGGAUGAAUUGCCUUGUCAGAGUCUCUGUGACCUGCAGCCUGACUUCUGCUUGAAUGAUGGGAAGUGUGACAUUUUGCCUGGGCAUGGGGCCAUUUGCAGAUGCCGUGUCGGUGAGAACUGGUGGUAUCGAGGUGAACACUGUGAGGAGUUUGUAUCUGAGCCUUUGGUCAUUGGCAUCACUAUAGCCUCUGUGGUUGGAAUUCUCUUUGUCUGUUCUAUCAUCAUCUUCUUCCUUGUCAAAACUCUUCAAGAUGCACAUGUCAGGAGAGAAAGGCAGCCUGACAGCCUUUCAUCCAUGGAGAAUGCUGUAAAACACAACCCUGCAUUUGACAGCCAUAUGGCUGGAUGUGAGCAAUAUGAGGAGCCCUAUCCUCAGCAUCCCUUCUGUGGCUCUGCUAGCGAAGAAGUGAUCGGUGGCCUGAGCAGAGAGGAAAUCAGACAGAUGUAUGAGAGCAGUGGCCUUUCCAAAGAGGAAAUUCAAGAAAGAAUGAGAAUUUUGGAACUCUAUGCCAAUGAUCCUGAGUUUGCAGCUUUUGUGAGAGAGCAUCAAAUGGAAGAACUUUAACACAAGAUACCAAUUAGAAGCCUGGAGAAGAUGGAGACCACUUGCUAUCCAUGCCAUAAAAUUAAUCUGGAUUUUUGAACAGUAUUGGAAGAAAAGUUUUAUAUUAAAAAGUAAAUAGAUGUGUAGAAUACAUUUUUCCUACCUUAAUUUUUCAGAAUGUAGUAAGACAUUUGAUGUGUUACUUCUAUAAAGACCAAGAGUUGUGUUUAAAGAAAUUCAGAACUGCAUGAGUUCUUGAAAGUAUUGUGAAAAAACCCCAGCUCUGGCAGUUAAGGCUAAAAUUGCUUUUGUUUCUGAAUCUGUGAAUGUGUCUCCUAAGAAUUGUGCCUCCGGUUUCCCAGUUGAAAAGCAAGGUUAGAUUAUUGAAAGAAAUCAGGCUUAGUGUUCCGUAUUUUGUACCAUACUUGUUAUUGUUAGCUGUGAUAGGGGAAGUCUUGAAAUAAUUUUAGUAGUUUAAGGUCAGAUAUUCAUCUAAAUAAAAUGUUACUUUUAAAAACAAA